GCAGAGGGUAUAUAUAUGUUUUGUAAUGUUCACAGCAUUUCCUCAACUGCAGAGGGUAUAUAUAUGUUUUGUAAUGUUCACAGCAUUUCCUCAACUGCAGAGGGUAUAUAUAUGUUUUGUAAUGUUCAACAGCACAGCAUUUCCUCAACUGCAGAGGGUAUAUAUAUGUUUUGUAAUGUUCACAACAUUUCCUCUUACUGUGUGUAUAUAUAUAUAUAUACACAUGUCCUUUACUGGUCAGGUGUGUCAUUAAUGCCUAAUGAUACUUGUUCAGUACAAAAACGUUAUUGAAAGUUGCACAUAGAAAUACCACUAAAUAGAGCCAACGUGAUUCCUUACUGUAUACGUCAGAGGUGAGCGUUUGUUCUAAAUAGCAUAUUUCUAUCUGAACGUACCCCUACGGUACAUUUAAUUUGUAAUAUAAACAAACUUCCAGUAGUGUGUUUAUAUGUUGUAUGGGUGGAAACUAAACCAUAUCCCUGGCAUGGUGUACCGUGGCCCCAGUAGGAAACUAAACCAUAUCCCUGGCAUGGUGUACAGUGGCCCCAGUAGGAAACUAAACCAUAUCCCUGGCAUGGUGUACAGUGGCCCCAGUAGGAAACUAAACCAUAUCCCUGGCAUGGUGUACAGUGGCCCCAGUAGGAAACUAAACCAUAUCCCUGGCAUGGUGUACAGUGGCCCCAGUAGGAAACUAAACCAUAUCCCUGGCAUGGUGUACAGUGGCCCCAGUAGGAAACUAAGCCAUAUCCCUGGCAUGGUGUACAGUGGCCCCAGUAGGAAACUAAACCAUAUCCCUGGCAUGGUGUACAGUGGCCCCAGUAGGAAACUAAACCAUAUCCCUGGCAUGGUGUACAGUGGCCCCAGUAGGAAACUAAACCAUAUCCCUGGCAUGGUGUACAGUGGCCCCAGUAGGAAACUAAACCAUAUCCCUGGCAUGGUGUACAGUGGCCCCAGUAGGAAACUAAACCAUAUCCCUGGCAUGGUGUACAGUGGCCCCAGUAGGAAACUAAACCAUAUCCCUGGCAUGGUGUACCGUGGCCCCAGUAGGAAACUAAACCAUAUCCCUGGCAUGGUGUACAGUGGCCCCAGUAGGAAACUAAACCAUAUCCCUGGCAUGGUGUACAGUGGCCCCAGUAGGAAACUAAACCAUAUCCCUGGCAUGGUGUACAGUGGCCCCAGUAGGAAACUAAACCAUAUCCCUGGCAUGGUGUACCGUGGCCCCAGUAGGAAACUAAACCAUAUCCCUGGCAUGGUGUACAGUGGCCCCAGUAGGAAACUAAACCAUAUCCCUGGCAUGGUGUACAGUGGCCCCAGUAGGAAACUAAACCAUAUCCCUGGCAUGGUGUACAGUGGCCCCAGUAGGAAACUAAACCAUAUCCCUGGCAUGGUGUACAGUGGCCCCAGUAGGAAACUAAACCAUAUCCCUGGCAUGGUGUACAGUGGCCCCAGUAGGAAACUAAACCAUAUCCCUGGCAUGGUGUACAGUGGCCCCAGUAGGAAACUAGACCAUAUCCCUGGCAUGGUGUAGUGGCCCCAGCAGGAAACUAAACCAUAUCCCUGGCAUGGUGUAGUGGCCCCAGUAGGAGACUAAGCCAUAUCCCUGGCAUGGUGUACAGUGGCCCCAGUAGGAAACUAAACCAUAUCCCUGGCAUGGUGUACAGUGGCCCCAGUAGGAAACUAAACCAUAUCCCUGGCAUGGUGUACAGUGGCCCCAGUAGGAAACUAAACCAUAUCCCUGGCAUGGUGUACAGUGGCCCCAGUAGGAAACUAAACCAUAUCCCUGGCAUGGUGUACAGUGGCCCCAGUAGGAAACUAAACCAUAUCCCUGGCAUGGUGUACAGUGGCCCCAGUAGGAAACUAAACCAUAUCCCUGGCAUGGUGUAGUGGCCCCAGUAGGAAACUAAACCAUAUCCCUGGCAUGGUGUAGUGGCCCCAGUAGGAAACUAAACCAUAUCCCUGGCAUGGUGUAGUGGCCCCAGUAGGAAACUAAACCAUAUCCCUGGCAUGGUGUAGUGGCCCCAGUAGGAAACUAAACCAUAUCCCUGGCAUGGUGUACAGUGGCCCCAGUAGGAAACUAAACCAUAUCCCUGGCAUGGUGUAGUGGCCCCAGCAGGAAACUAAACCAUAUCCCUGGCAUGGUGUAGUGGCCCCAGUAGGAGACUAAGCCAUAUCCCUGGCAUGGUGUACAGUGGCCCCAGUAGGAAACUAAACCAUAUCCCUGGCAUGGUGUACAGUGGCCCCAGUAGGAAACUAAACCAUAUCCCUGGCAUGGUGUACAGUGGCCCCAGUAGGAAACUAAACCAUAUCCCUGGCAUGGUGUACAGUGGCCCCAGUAGGAAACUAAACCAUAUCCCUGGCAUGGUGUACAGUGGCCCCAGUAGGAAACUAAACCAUAUCCCUGGCAUGGUGUACAGUGGCCCCAGUAGGAAACUAAACCAUAUCCCUGGCAUGGUGUAGUGGCCCCAGUAGGAAACUAAACCAUAUCCCUGGCAUGGUGUAGUGGCCCCAGUAGGAAACUAAACCAUAUCCCUGGCAUGGUGUAGUGGCCCCAGUAGGAAACUAAACCAUAUCCCUGGCAUGGUGUAGUGGCCCCAGUAGGAAACUAAACCAUAUCCCUGGCAUGGUGUACAGUGGCCCCAGUAGGAAACUAAACCAUAUCCCUGGCAUGGUGUACAGUGGCCCCAGUAGGAAACUAAACCAUAUCCCUGGCAUGGUGUACCGUGGCCCCAGUAGGAAACUAAACCAUAUCCCUGGCAUGGUGCCACGUACUACCAACUGACCCAGUUAUUUCCAGUCCAUCAGUCCCAGGACAAUAGUUUAUAUUCAAACUGUCAGCCUGUGUGUAAUAAAACAAUCUGCCCUUC